AAAGCAAACACUGCUACAGGAAGUACAAUCUGACACGAGCGCCAAGAUUGGCGAGCUUACUGCUAAGAAUGAAUUAUUAAUGGUUGAUCUUCAGAGCGCAAAAACAGCAAAAGACACUUUUCAUGCCAAAGUUUUACAAUUACAAGAAGAUUUGGAGACGUCGAUGUGCGAAGCGAAAAGAGCCGUUGAAGAGCUUAAACUUUCAUUGGUGGAGAAAGAUGCCACGCUCACCAAACUCGAGAUACUCUGCGGCUCUUACGAGGAGAAGGCACGCGACUACCGCGAGAAGAGUGAAAGGCUCCUUUCUGAGCUAGAAGAAUGUGUUUCCCAGCGCACGAAGUUAGAAAACGAGUGUGCCAGCGAAAAAGCUCGUUACGAAGGCCUCAUUAGAGCACAGCAAGCCGACCAAGAAAGGUUGCGUUGCGAGUUUGAGGCCGUUAGAAAGGAGUUCGAAGAGGCCAAUGCUAUUCUCCUGCAGCAGAAAGAAACGCUUGAGCCCGGAAGCACUGCGGCACAGCUCUCCCACUAUCUGGAGCUGAAAGACAUGUCCAUCACGAAGAUGUACAGCGAACUUGCUCGGCUAACGGAAGUCAGUGCCGCCAAAGAGUAUCUGCAAUUACGCCAUAUCGCCGCGGUUUCCUCUCGCCUUAACGAUAACACAGGCGAGAGGUGGCCAAGUACAAGAGGUGUCUAGAAGAAGUUUGGAGCCGCAUGGAACAGGUUUCUCCAGAGAUCGAAAGAGAGCGCAAGGAACACGAGGCAACC